GAGAGUAUGGCGCCUCGGAUUGCACUGGAAAGCGAGGGAGCAGCGGAGACAUGCCAGAGAUGGUGAAAAAGAAACAAAGAGGCGCAGCUUCUUUAAUUACGCGUGGAAAUAGUUUUAGUUGGUGCUGUUUUCCUGAAGCGGCAUCCGGCUUAAAAAAUCGCGCCUGCAGUUCAUUCUAGAGGCGAAGCCAGCGUUUUUCCAGUGUCCUCGAUGGAGCAAGUUUGUUUUUUUCUGAUGCAUAGAGAGGGGUGAGCUAAGCAGAUGAAAACCCGCACGCUCCACAUCAUCGGGCGAUAUUUUCUUCCUCCCUGUGCACAUUUUCGGACAAUUGCAGCCCUCGGAUGCCCGUAUAACUGUCAGUGUCUGGCCUGCAUGGCUACAAUGAAAUCCAUCUUAGGGCACCGAGUCUUUGUGCUCUGCCAUAGCUGAGCAGCGGCGAGCAAGACUGUAUUAUUGACAACCCGUUCAAAAUGGGACACGAAUGGUGAAUGUGAUUCGUGCGGGAACAUUUUGAGUUCAUUUCAAUGACGCGCGGAGAUUUGAUACCUUACGACUUGAUUUAAAUCCACGAUGCGCGAGUAUAAAGUGGUGGUCCUGGGCAGCGGUGGGGUCGGGAAAUCUGCCCUCACUGUGCAGUUUGUUACCGGGACGUUCAUUGAGAAGUACGACCCCACUAUAGAGGAUUUUUACCGCAAGGAGAUCGAGGUGGACUCGUCGCCCUCGGUGCUGGAGAUCCUUGACACCGCUGGUACCGAGCAGUUCGCCUCCAUGCGGGACCUUUACAUCAAAAACGGUCAAGGAUUCAUUCUGGUCUACAGCCUUGUCAACCAGCAGAGCUUCCAGGACAUAAAGCCGAUGAGGGAUCAGAUCAUCAGAGUAAAAAGGUACGAGAAGGUUCCUGUGAUCCUGGUGGGGAACAAGGUGGACCUGGAAAGCGAGAGGGAGGUAUCGUCCAGCGAAGGCCAGGCCCUGGCCGAGGAGUGGGGCUGCCCGUUCAUGGAGACCUCGGCCAAGAGCAAAACCAUGGUAGACGAACUGUUCGCUGAGAUCGUUCGGCAGAUGGACUACGCCGCCCAGCCAGACAAGGACGACCCCUGCUGCUCCUCUUGCAAUAUACAAUAGCCCCGGGGGGCCUCCAGGAACGGGCCGGGCAAAAAAAGUCUACGAGGAAGCGACUUCGACCCGCAGCAGGCAGAAACACACUUAGACACACACACAUGCACAUGCCAAUUAAACGGAAGAAAAAUUCAUGGUUGAACGCAAUGGAUUUUAACUCCACGGAGCAUAAAAUCAACAGUGACAUGAUUAUUAAUAACAACACGUGAGUAAUGAAUACAUUUUGAAUGAGGAAUGCCAGGAAUUUGCCGCAAGAGAAAUUGACAAAUGACAAAAAGGAACAUGCCCUCGCCUUAUGUUACUCUCUUCUGUUGUUUGUUUUUAAUCUUUGUGGGAAAUCAUCAGCAAACAAUCACAUAUCAGGAUAUUUACUCUUUAGGUUGUUUUAAAAUCUGUUAUAAAUGAGUACAAAAUGUUUUCUCUCUGGUUUUGUUUGUAUUACAGAAGAUGCAUUUUUUUGUUAACAUGACUCAAAUACACAAAUCCAGUAACACAUUUCUGGUUGUUUAAAACAUUGAGGAGUAUUUGAUUUACAGUAUGUGAACUUUUUCUCCCAGAUUAUUUUGUGCAGUGGUUGGUGGGAGGUUUUUCUACUCAUCACAGGGCUGAACCAAAGAGGUGACCCGAAAGCACCUCCAUUUUCUUAUUUUCUUUUCAGUCGUUUAAAAAAAAAACACACAAUGGAAUGGAGAGAAAAUGGUGGAUAAGUCAGUGUCUUUCUUGAAACAUUGGUGCAGUCAUCUCUUUCCUAUUUUCUCACUUUGAGAUACAAUAGCAAACAAUAGCAGAGUCUUUCACAUAUCGUGUGAUGUUUCGUCUUCCUCUCUGGGAGACUCUGACAGCAGAUUGCCGAGUAGAAAUAUAACUAACUGCUUCAUCCUGACGGGACAAAGAGUUCAUCUUUUCAGUGUUUGAAUAUCUCUACAGACGAUCGCUCUAAUCUCUUUUCGGGGAAUGGGUGACAUUCAAAGUGAAGAUGCCAACAUUUGUCAUACUUUACAUUUUCUUUACUCCUCCGGUAUCGAUAUGAAAUGGGGUGCUCGAGAGUUUCAACGUCCUGAUCCCAUUCUGUAUGUGCUCAGAGUAUUCAAAUCCAUAGUAACAAAUAGUAACGACGAAGGCGACGAUGAUGAUGAUGAUAAUACAAAUAAUAAAUGGUAGUGUAAAUAUUUUGUAUUGAAAGUGCCAGCUCCUGUGAAGACACUGACUCAACACAUGUGGAAUUGUCAACUGUAUGCAUGGCUAGUAAACAAAAAAAGGACUCUUACUGUUUGAGAUGAAUAUAGGCUGUGGAAACGUGCAAAACAAACACAUACACGUCUGGAUCUGGACACUGUUUCAACUGUACAUCUGUGCCACGGGAACCAGACUUACCCCGUGUAACCAUUUUCAUUGUUGAUUUUAUAUUUUUUUAUGUGACCAUUUACUCUUUAUUCCCUCUCUGAAUGGUGACACUGUUACAUUUGACACCUAAACAAUAAAAGUGCGUUCAACACUCGACUGAG